AUGACGUGGCUGUUCCUCACCAUUUCUUGUUUCUGUGCUAGUGCCAGCAAAGUCUCUCAAAGUUCUGGCAAUGUUUUGCAGAGCACCAUGAUGUGGCUGUUCCUCACCAUCUCUUGUUUCGUGCUCGUCGCUGCAAAGUCAGAGGAGAACCCCGAGGUGUCCAUGGAUGUUGGCGAAAUUGUGCGCUACCACGGGUACCCCUACGAGGAGCACGAGGUGCUGACAGAGGAUGGAUAUUUCCUCACCCUGCAGAGGAUCCCCCACGGCAGAGGCAGCCCAGGGAGCUUCAGCCUCUCCCACAAGGCAGGGGCGCCGCCAUCCAACAUGUUCUGUCCCCCUCCAAAGGCUGUGGUACUCCUGCAGCAUGGCCUGGUGUUGGAGGGAAGCAACUGGGUCACCAACUUGCCCAACACCAGCCUGGGCUUCAUCCUGGCCGACGCUGGCUACGACGUCUGGAUCGGGAACAGCCGGGGCAACAGCUGGUCACGGAAACACCAGGAGUUUGAGUUCCACCAGCAGGAAUACUCAGCUUACAGCUUCCAUGAGAUGGCCAUGUAUGACCUUCCAGCGUCCAUCAACUACAUCCUGCAGAGAACGGGGCAGGAGCAGUUGUACUACGUGGCUUAUUCCCAAGGCACCACCACAGGUUUCAUUGCCUUCUCCUCCAUUCCCGAGCUGGAUCGCAAAAUCAAGAUGUUCUUCGCCUUGGCUCCCAUCACCGUCAACUCCCACAUGAAGUCCCCCCUGGUGAGGGUGUUUGACCUCCCCGAGGCGCUGAUCAAGAUCAUUUUAGGCAAGACAGUGGUCUUUGAUAAGGGUGAGGUGUUGAAGCAAGUGAUUUCCACCAUGUGCACCUACCCCAUGCUGAAGACCGUGUGCUCUUUGGUGUUUUACCUGCCUGGUGGGUUCACCAACAGCUUGAACGUGAGCCGCAUGGAUGUGUACCUGGCCCGCUACCCUGACUCCACAUCCUUAAAAAACAUGUUGCACUGGCGCCAGCUCUAUCAGACUGGAGAAUUCAAGCAUUACGAUUACGGCAGUGACAACGUGCUUCAUUACAACCAGAGCACUCCUCCCUUCUAUGAGCUGGAGAACAUGAAAACCCCGCUGGCUGCCUGGUAUGGGGGCAAGGACUGGAUCUCAGCCCCCGAGGACGUGAACAUCACCCUGCCCCGCAUCUCCAACGUGGCCUACAAAAAGUACAUCCCCGAAUUUGUCCACUUUGACUUCCUCUGGGGCAAGCAGGUCUACGAGCAGGUCUACAAAGAAAUGCUUGACCUGAUGGAGAAGGGUGCCUAG